GAAUCAUUUCAGAGAAGAACACGUUUGACAUUGCGGAUAAUUAUCGACAGAUACAGAGCGCUUUAUUUGUGUAGUGCGAGUGCGUAAGGCUUUUCAUCAUGAAUCGCCUAAGUUACUCGGUAGUAGCGGCGAUGAGCAUUCCAGAGUGGGAUGAAGCGGAGGCCGUUGUUAAAGCUUUGGCUAAGGAGUCUGAGAAGAAAGAGCAGAAGCUGAUGGCCACCAUGCAAUCUCUCAUUCAAGACAUCUCCAAAGUGGAGGACGGAAUCGACGCUGACCGGAAGGCCUGGGAAAUAACCAAGAAAGAACUUUCCCGCACAAUAGAGGCAGCAAGAGAGGAUGAGAUACAAAAGUGCAAACAUGAGAAGAGUAUCCCUUCCAUGGAGGUCAACGCAGAGGCAGCGAUGAUAAAGGAGGAGGAAGAAAUGAUCGCGCGCCUGAAAAAUGAGAACGCACUUCUUCAAGCAGAACUGGACAAGUUGGACGAUGAGGACUAUCUUGUAGCCAAACAGAGAGACCAAAGCAUAAGGGACUUCUACAUGCAAGAGAGAAUCUGUGACCACAGGUUCAACAGAGCUCUGAAUGGGUUCCUCGGAUCAGCUGCAGUCAAACAGGCAUUGCUGAAGCGUGUGAGGUCCCCAAGCUUGGCAGAUCUUUUGAAGAAGGUGGCUUGUGAGGAGCCAGAGGAGGAGGAUCCAAGGCUUCGACUCCUCAGGGAGAGAUUUGAGGCAAAAGAAAGAGAGCUUCUUGAUGAAAUGAGCCUACAGGAGAACUUCAUAAGGGCCUUUCACCUGAGUGAUACGAGAGCUCUGGAGAGGAAGAUGGUCAAACAACUGGAAGAGAUCAAAGCCAAAGAGUUGGAAAGAGAGGAGAAGAGAAGAAGAGAGGAGGAAAAGAGGAUGAAAAAAGAGCGGUUGAAGGAGUUGGAAGCGAUGGAGAAGAGGUGGAAAGAGGCAGAGAAGAAGAGUAAGAAGGAGGAGGAACUGAAGCAAAAAGAGGAGGAGAAAAGGAAAAGAGAGGAGGAGAAGAGGAAAAGAGAGGAGGAGAGGGCUCAGCGUAGAGCUCAGUCAGGGCCAAGCAUAUGGAGAAGAUUCAUCACAUUCAUCUCCGAGCAGAUAGACAUCCUCGUCUCCGAGUGAAUCACCAGACACCAACAACACAAAAUUAUUCAUUCAACUUGAUUGGACUUCAACAAUUCACCAGUACAAUUCACCACAGAACCCAAAGCAACCAAUUCAACUAAACUGGAGUUCAAUAACUCAAAUCAAUCAAUUCAACUUCACUGGACUUCAAUAACCCAAAUCAGAUGGCCCUCAAUAUCCCAGAUCAAUGAAUUCAACUUGGUUGGACUUAAACAACCCAAAUCAACCAAUUAAACUUGACUUCGAUAACC